UUCGUCUCCGACUUCUUAAAAUCCCAAUUCUUUCAUAACAAAACACUGCUCUUCCUUCUCUCCGCCGCCGCAUCGUUAAAUCUCUCCGUCAUCUGUAACCGGUUAAAGUAUUUCCCUCAGGUCGACCUGAAAACGAUGGGCAAACGAGGACCGAAGAAGCUUACAAACACUCAAGGAGGAGGAGGACCUAAUCUCAAAUCUGUACUGAGACAUGAGCACUUGAAGAAUCUCGCUCUCUGGUCUUCCACCGGAGAUACUCCUAUCCCGUCUCUUGCUUCAUUACUCGGUCGACGUCUCGCUGCCGACACUGAAUCCACCGGAAUCACUACUGAUCCCGAUCUCGUCUCUUGUCAAAGGUGUGAGACCAUUCUUAAGCCUGGAUUCAAUUGCAAUGUUAGAAUAGAGAAGGUUUCUGCUAAUGUGAAGAAGAAACGUAAUAGGUGCAAGAAGUCUAACAACAUCUGUUUCCCUCAGAACAAUGUAGUUUACCAUUGCAAUUUCUGUUCUCACCGGAACCUUAAGAGAGGUACUGCUAAAGGUCAGAUGAAAGAGCUUUACCCGUUCAAGCCGAAAACCGCUCGUUCGUCGCGUCCGAAGAUCAAGAAAGAGAUGACGAUGCCUCAAGAAAUCCAAAGUAACAUGCUUUCUUCACCGGAGAGAAGUGUGAAAGAUCAGGUGGAGGAGAAGAGUGUUGGGGAUACACCGAAGCCGAUGAUGCUUACAUUGGAGAGGGAUAGGAGAAUACGAAAACCCAAAAGUAAGAAACCGAGUGAACCUCAAAGUGUUCCUGAGAAAACAGUUGGUGGAUCAAAUAAGAGGAAGAGAAAAUCACCUUGGACAAGUAUGAAGGAGAUAGCUGAGACAAACAAGAGUUCUAAAGCUGGAAACUUUAAAAUACCUUUUCUCUUGUAAUCUUUGAGAGGUUCCCAACUGAUCUUUCAUUGUUAACUAAUAAAACCUCACGAGUCACGACGGGUAUAGCUUCAUAUAACAAUCGUAGAGAUCUUGAAGGCUUCAUCCGGGUACACGUACGGAAAUAUACCAAAUUUAAAGCGCGACUAGGUGACCAAAACCAUUCAAACCCAAAACUCUCCCGUUUAGAAGUUACUACUGACCAAAGCAACUUGGUUAAU